CCUUGUUCGAGCGGCGAUAAGAUAAGCCCUGCACUUACAGUCACCCUACCACGCUUUAUCCCCGCCAUCUCCCACUUCAAGUUCAACAAACGCCACUUGCUUUAUCUCGGGGAUGCGAUGCGAUACCAGCGACCCAGCAGAUGGAGUCUUCACCUCUGACCAGGGCGCACGAUCAUGCCCGGGCGGCCGCCAUUGCGACACAGACGGCGGACACGACAGUAGCCAUCAAUGAACACGCCCAGGCUGCCGGCGAGUUUGCCAACGCUUCCAAGACCACGGCCAGUAUUGAAGCUCUGCGCACCCUGAGGCUGCUGGAGCAACACCACAAGCGUCUGUCAGACCUAUUGAAACUCCCCGUCGGCCCCCCGAGCCAACCCAGCACCGACGAUUUUCCGGAGCAGGACGAGAAGGAGAGACGGGAACAAGACGAGUCCAAGACGGCACUGCCGCCGGAGGAGUCUCCCGCUUCGAAGCAGAAAUCUCCGGCAAAGUCCCCACCCAGUCUCCCACAUCAGAGAUAUCCCGGGCGAAACCUCUCUUCUUCCAUAGCGAGCAACCUGGCAUCGGCGCGAGGCAUCCGGGCACGGUAUAGCACACAGCCACUGACCCCCAGCGUCUCGAAUGACCAGGCCCCAGGGAGCUUGGAGGUGCGUCCCCGCAGGGAGGCUUCAACGAGAAGCAAGGCCCCGGAUCAGCUGGAGCAGGCACGGAAGCCAAGCUGGGUACCGCCCGUUAUUCCGGAGGACGCCGCCAGCGAGUCCCCAAAGUCGAUACCCGUCAGCUCAACACCAAGCGAUGAUGGUUUCUCGAGGUUCUACAGCACUUUUGGGAGUCUAAUCAACCGCUUGUCCGCACCCCUGGCAUUUGCCGGUCUGCCUCUCAUCUCAGAAGAGCCCCCGGCCUCUCCGGCGCACACCCCGCCCACCUCAGAACCUCCCCAGCGGAAAUCCCGACAAAAACACCACCUCACCUCAGCCGCCGAACCCGAUCUGACCAAGAUUUACUCGCGCGCCGCCCUGCGUGCGCUCGACCGCGACGGUCAUGGCCCCAACGACUCCUUCUACGUGGUGCCCCCCAGCGGGCACACCGCCUCGUACGCCAGCAUUCUGAACCACGAAAGCAAGGAGAAGCGGCGCAUGGCCGCGUCCUUCCACCGUCCUGACGCCGACGACAACGACAAUGAGGACGACGACGACUUUGUCGACGCGCGCGAGUCGCAGGUGGCGGGGAUGGGCGUUCCCCCCGCGUCGCCCACCUUCCGCAAUCGCCUGGGCAAAAGCCGGUCCGAAAAGGAGCUGCGCAACGUCAUCGAGGAGCUGCACCUCGAGAACGCCUCCCUCAAAGAGGUGCUCGACAAGGUCAGCAAGCGGCUGCAUGCCUUUGAGCUCAACUCGCAAAGCUCUCACCUUGCGCUGGCGCAGAGUCUGCGACUGCAGAGGCCCGGCUCGCCCUUGUCUUCUAGUGGAGGAGGGGGAGGAGGGGCAAAGCCUGCGGCGACUGCGACGGGGCCGGGAACGGGGACGGGGGAGGAGGCGGCGCUGAGAAGGCGGAACCGCGAGCUCGAGGAGCAAAUCACCGACAUGGCGAAGCGCAUGGAGAGUCUGGAGCAGGACCGUCUAAAGCUGCGCGUGACGCUGGAAAAGUACAGAGAGAGGUGGGAGCAGCUCAAGGCUAGUGCCAAGGCAAGAAGGGAAAACCAGGAACAGGCUGCCGAGGGCGAGUCAAGGAAGUGAGUUUAUGCGGCGACGAUCUGAUACGGUGAUUUGCAUACGAUGAACGUUGUCACCAUGUCAUUGUCAUUGUCAUUUUGUGUUAUUGGCAGAAACGUGAGGAGUGGGUACCUCGACAUCACGGUUACGUCAAGAACUGUAUAUCGCUUCUGUCUCGAGGAUUCUGAGUGCGACAAAUCAAAACAUGGUUUGAAGUGGUGUGUUUCCAUCCGCUGUUCCU